AUCCGAGUUGUAUACAACUCGACGCCGUGUGAAUACCGAGUUGUAAACAACUUCAGUCCGUACAACUAAUUGCAUGCAACAAGUUGUACCAACCAGUUGUACCGUGUGAAUGCCCCUUUAGUGAACGAUAUCGAUGACGACACUGCUCCCACUCCUCGCGGAGAAUCCGUAUUUGCAAGGUUGCUCAAAUAAUAGGCCCAGCGACCUGAAUGGAGAAUAGAGAGGUUAUGUAUGCAUAUAGUCACAGUGAAUCCCACCAGAGAGCCAUAUCAGCGUUCCUGGACAGAGCGACCGUGAAAAAGCCCUUGAAGUUCCAGCGAUACAUCUGUAGCCUGCCAUUUCAAAUUUGAAACCAGAAGAUGUUCUCUGAACUGCCAUCCAGCCUCCUUUCCAUCAUCUUCGUGAUUCUGACACCUGUAUACAAAGUUCUUCAGGGCCUUCUUUGGAGAAUUACAGGGGUCCAGUCUGCACGAGCAGCUACCAACACGUCCUAUGAACGUGCCGUCCACGUGCAACACGUGUUUUGGAAAAGAAAAGUGUCUCAUAUGAAGCCUUCCGACACAAACGAAUUCUGGACCACACACGAAAGGUUUGACCAUCCCCGAAUCCUCUUGGACCCGUCAAUAUCUCUGUAUAACAUCACAUCAACAGAGGCUAUAUUUCUGAAGACAGACAAAGAUGUAGAUAUCUACAGCUCAGACACACACCCUUUCAUGAAGUGGGCCCAGGUUCUCAAUGCUGAGAAAGUAUACACGAUUCCUCUUGUGGCCUUUCACCGUCUGGCGGACGAGACUGGGGAUCCUCAGCUCCCCGUCAUAUGGGUCUCUAGCACUGGGCGCUGUGGCUCUACUCUACUCAGUCAGGUCUUUGAGCAGGUCCCAGGGACCAUCGCCCUCGGAGAACCAGAUGCCCUUACUUAUAUAACAGUGUUAAAUAAGAGCGAAGCCGCCCCGGAAGAGGUCGUUCGAGGGCUGCUGCGGAGUGUCAUCAGGCUGCAGUGUAAGACACUGCCAGGAGCUCAAAGAAUUGUUCUGAAGGUCGCUGCCUUUACCUUCGCAGAGGUCAAGGACAUUUGUGAAAUGUUUCCUAAAAUCAAGCACAUGUUUCUUUACAGAGACAGUUUACCAUAUGCUGUUUCUACCAAGGGACUAACACAGUCUGAAAUUAAAGGUAAAAUAUUUAAAGCCUUAAUCGAUUGUGAUUUAUUCGGGAGGUUCUUUCCGGGAGUUCGAAGGGAUGUGUACACAACGAUGACACGCAUAGAUCGCAAUGACCAUGACCUUGAGGACAUUGCAUCCAACUUGACUUUUGUUGGCCUAUGGAUGAUAUUGAGUGCGGCCAUAAUGGCGAGAUACAAGGAGUUUAGAGAGAGUGGGAUCCCUAUAUUUGCUCUAAAGUACGAAGACCUCCUGAAGGAGAAGGAAGGCAUGGUUAAAGCCUUGUUCCAGAAAUUAGAUAUACCAGGGAAGCAUGUCUCAAAAGCUCUGGCUGCAUUUGAAGUAGACUCACAACGAGGCUCGUCGAUUAGCCGGAAGUCAACAGGAUCCCGUUCUCCCCUGACACCACGAGAGAUGUCUGACGGUAACAUAGUUCUGGAGAGAUAUGGCUUCCCGAGAUUCGGCGAGAGGAUAGACCUGCCUGGGCGUCUAGAGCCCGCUGUUUAUUAAUACAAAACAUGUCAUUUUCGUCACUAAUAUAUGGACCUUUUCGCAGCAGUUAACGAAGCAAGUCACCACCACAAUUGUGGAUAAACCAUUUAAGUGUG